GAAUUUUCCUUCUUAGAUAGACGGUAUAAAUAUCGAUCAUCUAAACGCGGAUAAAUUAUUUUGAAGAGAGUUUCCAAUCAAAAUGCAGCUUUUUAUCCAAAUAAUUUUCGCAGUUGCGGUUCUUAUCGGAGGUUACCAAUGUGCGCCCACUGCCACCAAAUCACCUAAUUUGGAAAGUGUUUUUGAGGGGUUCAAAACAUCAAUCGAGCAUGUUAAAAAAUCACUGAAUUUAUGUGGACGUGGAAAAAAAGCAGAGCUUCUUCCGAUUCCGAAAGUUGAUAAGAUUUUCAAGACUUUCUCAGUCUACGCCAUGAAUCCUGAUAAAUUGGUGGAUGAAUUUAAUACAUAUAAAUCAUCAAUCGACGGUGUGAAAAAGCCACUUGAAGCCCUGAAUGAUGACAAGCGAGCAUCACAAAUUUCAGGCUUGAUCGACAGUGAUUUGCUACAGUUUGACAUUUGGACAAAUGAUAUCGUCAAACUUAAUAAAGAAAAUCAAAACUACGCUUCUCGAAUUGCAGCAAUCAAUAAAAAAAUGAUUGUGAAUAAUAUGCAAAUUAUCGAAAGCUUUAACUACACUAUGAUGACCAAACUAGAAAAUAUUCUACAAACAGACGAAAAAGCCGCAACUAAACAGCGUGAUGAUUUGGAGAAGGUGGCUACUUCAAUACGAUAUGAGAUGGCCAAACAUAAGAUUCACGUGGAUGAAAUUUCCGAAAACUUGAAGAAAGGGGUGGCAUUGCAAAACAUAUUUGACGGUGUUAAAUCGGCAUUUUCACUUGAAACCGAGAAAAUGAAGGAAAUAAGCGAUCACAUUAAAUCAUGUGAUGCAGUUAAAAAUCGUUUGAUGAAAAAAAUCGAAAAAUUACUGAAAAGUCGAUUUUUUUGUAAUUGAAGAGGAUUCAAAAAUGAUAUAAACUUAUAGCACUUAUUUCCUAACAUUUGAUUGUUAUCAAGUGUAAGUGAAAAAAAUCAAUAUUUUGAACAUUAUUCAUAUAAUUGUAUUGAAACAUUUUUAAAGAAAAAUAAAUGACUUCAUUUAUAAA